UUUUCGCUUCAAGUCGACACGCAUAUCGAGAAAAACUCCAAAAACCAAAAAAGCUGAAUAAAUCAAAGCGACAACACAAAACAAACACCCAAAAUAAAAAAGGUCUUUUUUCAUGUUAAGUCUCUCUUUUUCUCUUUGAUUUUCCUUCCCUCCAAACGCCAUUGCUAUUGUUGCCAAUUCUACUUUUGGAUUUGUGAUUUUUUUCACCGCUUUGCUUGGUGACCGGGCGAUCGGCGUUAUUUGUCAAAGGAGAAGUUUAAUUGAUAUUGAAAAAAGAAUGAGUAGGGAUUGAUUUUUUUUCCGCCUCGGGAGGUUAAUUUUCCCGGGAAAAUUUGCCUCCUUUUUUCCAGCUCUAUCUCUCAACUUUUGCGGAACUUUUCUUUGUGAUUGAAUGAUCCAGGAGGAAAUUUACAUAUAGCUGGUGUAUGGAUUCAGAAAUGAAAGGAGGGAAAAUUUGGGAGGAUAUAGUAUUCAAGAGAGAAUGAGAGGACUUUAAUAUAUAUUUAUAUAAAAAAAAUCAUUUUUAGUGUAGAUAUUUUAUUUUAAACUCUUAGUAAAUAAUUAGAUUGCUUGAGUUUGAAUGCAUAUAUAUUGAUACAUGGAGUCAGAAAUAUUUUCACCUCCAAGAGGUUUGUUAAAAUGUUGUAAUUGCAGUUGUACUACCUGUGCUUUAAUUGGAGCUCCUUCGAAAACUUGGUUCCGGUCUGUGAAACGAAAAUAUGAUGAGUUUGAGACUGGAAACAGGUUUUAUGUUCCGGGGGUUGAUAUUUUUUCCAAUGCCCGAGUCCAAAUUGAGAAUGAAUGUGCUGCCUUGCGGGAGACCGUCAGCAGCCAACAAGGGACAAUACAGGACUUGUUUACAGAUUUGGAGGAAGAGAGAAGUGCCUCGUCUACGGCUGCAACUGAGGCUAUGUCAAUGAUAUUGAAGUUGCAGAGCGAGAAGGCAGAGAUUGAAAUGGAGGCCAGGCAAUUCAAGCGUUUUGCCGAGGAGAAAAUUGCUCAUGACCAACAGGAGAUAAUGAUUUUGGAGGAUCUGUUGUAUAAGAGGGAGCAGACAAUUCAAGCUCUAACAUGUCAAGCCCAGGCAUACAAGCAUAGGAUGAUGAGUUAUGGGUUUACAGAGUCAGAGGUUGAAGGUGAGAAGGAUGAACAGGUUUGGCAUCCAAGUGUUGCUGAGGACUUUGAUGCUGAAGCCGAAGUUGAUCUUCCUGCAUAUGAUUAUCCACCUCUUAAGUGCAAUUUGAAUGAGAAUCCUGGUAAUGAUGUGGAAGACGUUGAAGAUGUUGAAGACGUGGAAAAAUAUGCAUUUGGUGAGACCCCUCGUGCCCGAGAACACUUGAGGAAUCUGGAAGAAAGGAUCUCCCAAAUGGAGAGGAUUCCCAGCAGCAAUCAGCUGGAUGGAGAGACUCCUGGAACAAGGAAUGUUUUUGAGAAGGUGGUAGUCGGACACUCUCCUAGGCGACCAAGACAUUCAAGGAAGUUUUCAAUGGAUAGUACAAAUUCGUUCAUUUCUAGGGAGAUGGGUUCAGAGUUUAUCAGUGACUCUCCUAGGUUUAACUUUGGUUCUCCCAAGUUUAAUACCAGCUUCAAGAAGAUGGAAUUAGUUUCCGAAAUGGAUGAGAUUUCUAGCACAAGAAGAAUGGAUAAUGCUUCAGAAGUUGGAGAUGAUAUGAGUGACAGAGUGUAUACUAUUGAUUCUGUCCAUAAUGGAGUGCCAUAUAAUGGAACUGCUGAUCACAAAUCUGGGUUUGGAAUUUCUGAUAAUUAUGCAUCCACUCCAAGGGAGGCAUUUAAUCUACCAGAUGUUUGUGAUCCUGAUAUCAAGAAGCUCUACAUGAGGCUUCAGAACCUUGAGGCUGACAGGGAAUCAAUGAGACAAGCAUUAUUAUCGAUGCGAACUGACAAAGCACAGUUGGUCCUAUUGAAAGAAAUAGCUCAACAUUUGUGCAAGGAAAUGCCACCAGAAAGACAAGCGACUGUGGGGAAGCCAUCUAUGCUUGGAGGCCUCUUCAAGUGGGUUGCAUCUUCAGUUUCUUGGAGUCGGAGAGCUCGCCGAAGCAAGUACCUGUAUGGAUUAUCACCAAACAAUGUCGGGUUGCUAAUGCUUCUAGACAAGGGCCCUCGACUGAGACAAUGGAGAUGCCUUUCAAGCACACAAGUGUGAAAGGAUACAAAACCGAUUCUUUCACUUGCAUCUGUAGAUGAAGCUAAUAAUAAUUUCGUUAAUUGUGUGAAUGGUGAAUGGGUUUUGAUGAAAGCUAUAAUGUAUUUAACUUUGCAUCCAUUUUUUUUUUUUACGGAUUUCUUGGUGCAGAAUUUGGUAUUGUUCUGCAGUGUUCUUUUAAUUUACUUCUUUUUUGUUUAUAUAUUUUUAUUUUUCGUAAUUGAAUACAAUGCAAAAACAUGGAUGCAAGUAAAAGCAUGUUGGUUCAUGUA